UCAGAGUAGACGAACACAAAUGUUAAGUCAUUUCAUCAAAACUCUGGUGAUCAUUGCUCCUCCACCACCACCAACUUCUCUUUACCUCAAUUCCUUACUUCCGCUUCCUCCUUCUCAUCCCAGAAACUUCUCGAACCUUCGUCUUCCUCCUCUUUGUGAGCACUUCAGUUGUAACGAGUAUCUCUGAGCGAUCGUCGUCAAUGGAGAUCCACCCCACUUCCGUCUCUGCUCCUCUCGCCGUAUCAUCGCAGUUGGAGACCUUCACGGCGAUCUGAGUAAAGCCAGAGACGCGCUUCAGAUGGCCGGAGUCUUGAGUUCCGAUGGACGAGACCAGUGGAUCGGCAAAGACACUGUACUAGUUCAGGUAGGAGACAUACUGGAUCGUGGCGAUGAUGAAAUUGCAAUACUCUCGUUACUGAGGUUACUUGAUGAACAGGCGAAAGCUAACGGUGGAGCUGUUUUCCAGGUUAAUGGGAACCAUGAGACAAUGAACGUUGAAGGGGAUUUCAGAUACGUAGAUGCGAGAGCAUUUGAUGAGUGUACAGAUUUUCUCGACUACUUGGAGGAUUAUGGACAAGAUUGGGACAAAGCGUUUAAAAAUUGGAUUUUUGAGUCAAGACAAUGGAAAGAAGAUAGGAGAAGUUCUCAAACCUAUUGGGAUCAAUGGAAUGUAGUAAAGAGGCAAAAGGGAGUGAUUGCAAGGUCGGUCCUUUUCAGACCAGGUGGUCGAUUAGCAUGUGAAUUAGCGCGUCACGGAGUUAUCUUGCGUGUUAAUGACUGGGUUUUCUGCCACGGUGGUCUCCUUCCUCAUCAUGUUGCAUACGGCGUUGAGAGGAUAAACAGAGAAGUCGCUACCUGGAUGAGAAGCUAUACUGACGACUAUGAAGAGAGUCCUCAGAUGCCAUUCAUUGCAACUCGGGGAUAUGACAGUGUGGUCUGGAGCCGACUUUACUCAAGAGAGACCUCUGAUCUGGAUGACUAUCAAAUGGAACAGGUAAGUAAAAUUCUCCGGGACACUCUUGAAGCUGUCGGGGCCAAGGCAAUGGUGGUCGGCCAUACUCCCCAGUUAUCAGGCGUAAACUGUGAAUAUGGUUGCAGCAUAUGGAGAGUUGAUGUGGGAAUGUCCAGUGGUGUUCUUGACUCUAGACCAGAGGUUCUGGAGAUAAGAGGGGACAAAGCUAGAGUUAUAAGGAGCAACCAGGACAGACUUCAUGAACUUCAAGUUGCAGAUUACAUUUAAAACGCUAUUCAAUACAAGAACCAAACUGUCAUGUUCAAGAUUCAAACUUUUCACCAUUUUUAUUAGCAUGAACAAAGAAAAAAGCAGCAGAAGUUUCAGACAAGACCCAGUGGAGAGAAAGAUGCAGAUGAGUGACUUCAAACUUUGAACUCUAUGUAUGUAUGCAUGUAUAAAUGUAUGUGAAUCAUCAGAAACAUACGGUAUUCAUCAAGUACAGGGUUUGUAUAGCAAAACACUGCUUAGUAUUACUUUUGGAUGAAUAUUAAAGGAAAAUAUUGUAACACGUUAAUGAAAGUGCAGUUUCUCUUGAGAAGAAA